UCAACUCCCAACAAAAUCCCUCAGCUUCCAUCUCCACAGAGACAACCUUCUUCCUUUCAGGUGCCUUCAAUCUCAAAAAGGCAGUCCCAAAGUUUUCAUCUCCCCCCCUCAGCUUCCCAUUUCUCUUCUUAAUCCAUCCAUUUCAGCUUAACUAUCAAGUAUUCUGGUCUCAGAUUCUGGCUUUCAAAUUUCUCAUCUUCUUAUCAACUAAUUCCAUCCUUUUAGCUCUUAAAGCUAGCCGAUCUCUUUGCAGUUGAAUUAGAAUACCUCUUCUAAUCUUUCCCCAGCGAAAUCUCCAUUCUUUUAUCUGGUCUUAAUGGCAGAGGUCGAGAUCCCAUCUCACUUCCUUUGCCCUAUCUCCCUCCAAAUUAUGAGAGAUCCAGUAACUCUCCCAACCGGCAUCACCUACGACCGCGACAGCAUCGAGCGUUGGAUAUACUCCGGCAAGCACAACACAUGUCCGGUGACCAAACAGUCCCUGCCGGAGUGCGACCUCAUCCCGAACCACACCCUUCGGCGACUAAUCCAAGCGUGGUGUGCUCUCAAUCAAUCGGACGACAUCGAACGGUUCCCGACACCAAAGCCACCGAUCGACAACGCCCAAAUCGCCAAACUCAUCGACGACGCCAAGCUGCCUCAUUUGCAACUCUCAUCGCUUCGAAAGCUCAAGGAGAUUGUAUCCGAAAGCGAGAGGAAUAAGCUGUGUGUCGAGGCUACUCCCGGCGUGCUCGACUUCUUAGCUUCCAUCGUUAAGAAGAACAGCUUUACUCCAGGUGAAGAAGGAAUACUGAUCCGUGAUGACGUAGAGUCUACUACUGCUUGUGAUGAAGCUCUCAGCAUUCUUUACUUGCUUCAAAUCUCCGAGCAGCGCCUUCAUGACUUCGCCAUCAAAAAUGAAGACAUCAUCGAGUCGUUAACAUCCAUUUUGCAGCAACAAAAUUACCAAUCGCGAGCCUACGCAACAUUACUUCUCAAGUCCAUUCUUGGAGUGAUUGCACCGGCCAAGUUGGCUGGUGUUAGAGAAGAACUCUUCCAAGAGAUUGUCAAUGUGCUUGGUGAUCGGAUUUCGCACCGGGCCGACAAGGCAGCAUUGCAAGUCCUUUCUUUAUUGUGUCGAUGGGGAAGGAAUCGAGUUAAGGCUGCUCAUGCUGGUGCUGUGCCAGUCCUAAUUGAGCUACUGCUAGAUGAGAAUGAGAAAAGAGUGUGUGAAUUGGUGCUUGUGGUGCUGGCCUUGGUUUGCGGGUGCGCCGAAGGGAGGUCGGAGCUGGUCGGCCAUGCAGCAGGCAUCGCAAUUGUGUCCAAGAAGAUAUUAAGGAUUUCAGAGGUGGCGAGCGAUGGGGCAGUGAGGAUAUUGAACUCGGUGGCAAAGUUCUCGGCGACAGCAGCUGUUCUUCAGGAGAUGCUGCAGAUUGGAGUGGUGUCCAAGCUGUGUCUGGUGCUCCAACUUGAUUGUGGGAUGAAGACUAAGGAGAAGGCUAAAGAGAUCCUUAGGUUGCAUUCAAGGGUCUGGAAGAAGUCACCUUGUUUGUCUCCUCAGUUCCUUAUUUCAUAUCCUUCUUCAUGAUACGCUUAUGAAUGAAAAGAUAGGGUUAUAAAGAGAGGCUAGUCCCGAUUUAUGUACAUGAUCAUUAAUUUAGUGCGCAUAAAUUCAUGCCCCUGAAGGCAGAAACAACGCUGAGAAAUUUGUCCCACCCUUUUCUUGUAUAUAUGCUUUAUAAUUUGACCAAGAGUCAUUAUUGAGACAAAA